AUGGAUCAAUCGUUCGACCUGCCCGAUUCCACCGAUUGGGUAGGAACGCCUCUGUCACUACUUGCGCCACUCGAAUCCUCGCUCCGGUGUCAAGUCUGCAAAGACUUCUUCGAUAACCCGGUCAUUACAUCUUGCAGUCAUACAUUCUGUUCACUAUGUAUUCGCCGCUGUCUAAGCACCGAAGGGAAAUGCCCUGCUUGCCGGAGCUCUGACCAAGAGCUGAAGCUGCGCCGUAACUGGGCCGUACAAGAACUGGUCGACGCGUUUAUGACGGCAAGGCCGAGUGUCCUGGGGCUUGCACGAGCGGAAAAAGAGCGCCUUAAGAAGGGUGAGGAUGAUACCAAGCAACUGGCAAAGAAACGAAAAGUUAGCCGCGUUGCAGAGGAGGAAACGCAAGUUGCAGAAGUCAGCUCGCAAGGCCGACGAACACGGUCUCAAAGAACCACAAGAACCUCGGUAGAAGCGCUGAUUGCUCCUCAAAGUAUUCCUGAGGUUAUUGAGGAUAGCCAAGAUGACGAUGAAUACAUUCCAGAAGAUGGCAUGGUCGCGUGCCCGAUCUGCUCCCAGAAGAUGAAGGAGGAAGCGGUCUUCACACAUUUAAACGUUCACACAGAGGAGGAAGCUCAGCCUCCAAAGCCAGCUCCUUUUGGGUCACUGAUGGCCCCACCCCAAAAGGAUCUAACCCUAGGCAAACCUCCCGAUCGAAUCCCCGCCAUAAACUACUCCAUCUUGAAGGAUAAUUCAUUGCGAAAGAAGCUCCGGGACCUCGGUAUCCCGGAGUGGGGUCCCAAACCGCUUCUGCAGCGACGCCAUACGGAGUGGAUGAACCUGUGGAACGCGAAUUGCGAUUCCAAAAACCCCAAAUCAAAACGGGUAUUGCUCUCAGAGCUGGAUAUCUGGGAGCGGACGCAGGGAGGGCAUGCUGCUACGCCAUCACCAUUUCUUUCGUCAAGUAACGUUAUGCGCAAGGACUUCAAUGCGAACGAGUGGUCCACAAACCACGAUGACGAUUUCAAGCGCCUCAUUGCAAAUGCGCGGAAGAAGAGUGAAGCUCAGAUCAGGUCCACUAUUCCUGGAGCAUCAGAAAGUUCGUCUGGGCCCGCGCAAGCUCAACCACAGCAGCAUGCUGAGGCACUGCCACCGAAUGGUGCUCGCAUUGAAAACAACCCAGGCUCAGAUGCCAAUAAUACCAUCGACCUCUCCGGAUGA